AUGCUCAGACAGUUCCCGGGUGUCCAAUACGAAGACAUGUUUAAUGUCAAGGACAAGCAGAGACAGAAGAAACCCCAGCAGACUCAGAGCAGACUCAGAGCAGACUCAGAGCAGACUCAGAGCAGACUCAGAGCAGACCCAGAGCAGACUCAGAGCAGACCCAGAGCAGACUCAGAGCAGACCCAGAGCAGACUCAGAGCAGACCCAGAGCAGACCCCUUUAAGACUCUAUUGGGAGAAUGUCCCCCGCGGAGAGCAGAGGGCUGAAGUGCACAGACUUGUGGCGGACGUAGAGGAAGAUGUCAUGCUCAGGAUGGGUUUGGUGAUGAUGCUGCUUCUGUGGAGGCUGCAUGGAGCUCUCACUUUGUGCUCUGUCAGCUCUGAUGCGUAA